AUGGGCAAUCAAGAUGGGGAAAAUUUUGACUCUUCGAGAGUAUCAAAGGCUUCCGUCUUUGGACUCGAGGAUCUGUAUCUCGAAGCUCCAGACGAGCCCUCAUCUUCGGCACAUGCCGAAUCCCAGACACCUCCCGAAUACUCGCCGAAGAAGCAAUGGCCAAUGCCCCUCAACAUCGUAAUCCAAGUAGUCGGCUCCCGAGGCGACGUCCAACCCUUCCUAGCCCUUGCCGCCGCCCUCAUGAAAUCGGGCCAUCGCGUAAGAGUCGCGACGCACCCUCAAUUCUCCUCCUUUGUCCUAUCAUCAUCGCCAAAAUCCUCAUCCAACAGCCUCGAGUUCUUCCCCGUGGGGGGUGACCCCGCCGACCUAAUGGCGUACAUGGUCGAGUCCCCCUCCCUGAUCCCGAAAAUGUCCCAGAUCCGAGCCGGCAUCAUCCAGCGCAAGCGGGACAUGUACACGGAAAUGCUGGACGGCUUCUGGCGUUCCUGCGUCCACCCGGACCCCCUGACGAACGUGCCCUUCGGGGCGGACGCGAUCAUCGCCAACCCACCCAGCUUCGCGCACGUACACUGCGCGCAGGCACUGGGGAUCCCGGUACACUUGAUGUUCACGAUGCCGUGGAGCAGCACGAAGGCGUUCCCGCAUCCGCUUGCCAACGUCGGGUAUUCGAAGGCGGAUAAGAAGAGCACGAACCACGCGUCGUAUGCCGCCGUGGAGUUUCUGACAUGGCAGGGCCUGGGAGAUUUGGUAAAUGCAUGGCGAGUUGCGUCGUUGGGACUUGAGCCUGUUCCGUCGACCGAGGGUCACCGUCUUCUCGAGGUUCUGCAAGUCCCGUUCACAUACUGCUGGUCGCCAUCUCUCGUGCCAAAGCCCAGCGAUUGGGGAUCUCAUAUAGACGUCAGCGGUUUCUUCUUUCGCGACCCGGCACCGUACACGCCGCCAGACGACCUCAAGGCGUUUCUCGAGAGCGGUCCUCCGCCCAUAUACGUUGGCUUUGGCAGUAUCGUUGUAGGUGGAAUAGGAGGCCUGAUGACCAUGGUUCUCAGUGCCAUCAAAGCAACUGGCGUCAGAGCAAUCAUUUCGCGCGGCUGGAGUAACCUGAAUGGAGAAGAGUCCCCAGAUGUGUUUUACGUGGGAGAUUGCCCGCACGAGUGGCUGUUUCAACAAGUCGCCGCUGUGAUUCAUCACGGAGGUGCCGGUACGACUGCGUGCGGGCUACGGUACGGCAAACCUACGACCAUUGUACCCUUCUUUGGAGACCAGCCGUUCUGGGGCGCCGUAGUAGCAGACGCAGGUGCCGGUCCAGCUCCGAUCCCCUACCGUUCCCUCACAUCACAGAAACUCAUCCACGCCAUCCAAUACUGUCUGUCGCCGGAGGCAGUCACGGCAGCUAGCCAGCUCGCCGAUUCAAUGCAGAUGGAGGAUGGUGUACAAGCGGCGGUCGAUUCUUUUCACAACAACCUACCCAUGUCCAAGAUGGCAUGUGACUUCUUCCCCGAUCAACCGGCUGCUCUGGCCGUUGGAAGGGGGAAAAAGCAGGUCAAGAUGUGUAGGCCAGUGGCGUCCAUCUUGGUGAAGAAUGGGAAAGUAGAAAGGAAAAAUCUCAGUUCGUACCGCUCGAAACCGACAAACAUCGAGAACCAAAGAUGGGACCCCGUGACUGCAUUAUCGGCUGCAUCGAUUUCGACAAUCCUCAAGAUGGCUGGAGCCACGGCCGACAUCAUUGUCAAGCCUUUUGAGGAAUACAAGCGAGGCAGCGAGUCCGGUGACAAGCCCGAAAUACAAGCCGAGAAUGUCAGGAGAAACAGCCAAGCACCGGCGUUUGCGAUGCUCCCUCUCCCUGGAGUAGGAGUUCCCGAGGGCGGUGGUGAUUCCCCACAUCCAAGUCGUCCCGUGUCUUCACGAGGGGAUGACUCCUCAAAGAAACCAGGGGCCAUGGCGGUGGCCGCAGCAAACGGGGUCGGAAGGCUCGCGGGCAACACGACCAAGGGCUUAUUGGUAGACAUACCACUCGCAGUCACAGAAGGGCUGAGGGCGGUGCCCAACUUGUACGGCGAUACUGUCAAAAAGCACGAUGCAGUGGAGGACUUCCGCAGCGGCGUGUCUGUCGCCGGCAAGACGUUCUGUCAAGACAUGAAGGGCGGCCUUACCGACAUCUUUGUGCACACUUACAAGGGCAAGAAGGAAGAGGGCGCCAUGGGGGCUGCCAAGGGGUUGGGCAAGGGGGUGGUGAGCUUGGUUACCAAGAGCACAGCAGCAACGUUUGGUCUCGUGACGUAUCCAGCUCAGGGGAUAUACCGCAGUAUAUGGUCGGCUACGAACGACAAGACGCGAAGAAGCAUCGAGGACGAGAAGCUGCUUGAAGGCGAUUGGAUGGUGUCGAUGAGCCCGACAUGGAAGAUGGAUCACGCGGCGAUCGUGGAGGAUUUUGAGGGGCUGCGGGGUAUGAGAGGCCGUUAA